AUGCGCUGCUUCGCGUCCAUCGGCACGGGCCGCGUGCUCGCCACCGCGUUCGAGUCGCUCGCUGUUGCUGCUGGUGCUGAUGCCGCACCGGCGGGGCGCGUCCUUGAGGACAUCCUGGCGGCAUUGGUCUGCAUGACGCCGUUGGACGAGGAGGCCACCAGGACGUUGGGCUUGCCGAGCUCGCUGGGGUCUCUGGUCACCACUGCUGAGAACGGCACCUUGGCGGGAAGGCUGAACGCCGUGCUGGCGAUCAAGGAGGUCGUCUCAUGCGACGGGGCGUUCACUGAAUGGAUGGCCCAUGUUUUUCGCUACUGCGGCGAGUUGAUUAAGAGGAUCGGCGUGCUGCUGGAUCGAGCUUCGGUCUAG